CUCUCUGUCAGUCCUGAGCAAGCGAGCGAGCUAGAGGCUGUUGGACGGCUGGAGCGAAGCGUGAGUGCGCGGGACCCCAGGCCAAUUCCUCGAGGCUGCGGCCAGGCCGACCCCAGGCUACCGUCGCCCCUUCGCUCUCCUUGCCGGCCACAGCCGGGAGAAAUAGAAGCUCUUAAGAAUGCCUAAAUCAAAGGAACUUGUUUCUUCGAGCUCUUCAGGCAGUGAUUCUGACAGCGAAGUUGAAAAAAAGUUAAAGAGGAAAAAGCAAGUUGUUCCAGAGAAACCUGUGAAGAAGCAAAAGCCUGGUGAGAGUUCUAGAGCGCUGGCAUCCUCCAAGCAGAGUAGCAGCAGCAGAGAUGAUAACAUGUUCCAGAUUGGAAAGAUGAGAUAUGUCAGUGUUCGGGAUUUUAAAGGAAAAAUUCUAAUUGAUAUUCGAGAAUAUUGGAUGGACUCAGAAGGUGAAAUGAAACCAGGGAGAAAAGGUAUUUCUUUAAACAUGGAACAAUGGAGCCAGCUGAAGGAACAGAUCUCUGACAUAGAUGAUGCAGUAAGAAAGCUGUAAAGCCUGAGCCAUAGCAAGCCUGUACUGUCAUAGCUGUUUUACUCAAAUCUUUUCACAUUGGCUUUACGUUUUUCUAAAUGUUGUUUUCCAAGCUGUUGUAUAUUUUGGAUUGCAGGACAAUUUGAAAGACAAAUACUUUUUUUUUAAAUGUGCAUUAUUAAAAUGUUCUAAGAGAAGCUAAUUGUCAACUUUAUUAAAGAGGGUUGCUUUGUGCCCCCUACCUAGUGUAAAAUAAAGUCAGAUCAUUACAAUCUUAACUGUGGUAGCCUUUUUUGAUAAAAAAAAUAAACUAGUUACUGUUUAAGGCCAGAAAAACAACCUUUGUAGGCACAUUGUUGAGUCAGCUUACAUUCAGAAGGAUGUAUUACAUUGAGCUCUUAGAUUGCUUUGUGAAAUGUAUACUCCGUGUCUUUCCAACCUGAUUUGUUGAAUUUUCCUCUCCAGGACUUCUCUCCACCACAAUCCUUUUUUUCUUCAGUUUUCUUAGUGUUCACUUUUCCAUCACUCUCUACUCAGAUAUAUUAUACUGAUUUGGAAAGUCAAGCUAUCCAUGUUGUUGCCUCCAAAGUCUACUGUGUUAAUUAUUAGCAGAUAUCUGUUUAGUAACAUGGCUUAAAUGGGAACUCCAAGCAAGUGUGUGUCAUUAUUCAUAGUGCGCCGUGGAGAUGUUACUUAGUCUACAGAACAUAGUGACUGAUGUCUUAUGAACUGUCUCUCGGUAAACCUUUGUGCUGAGAUGGUGGUUAUAAAAUCAGAUAUUAAACUAGAUUAGACUUGUAAAAAUCGUGACACUUACUGGCCUCCUAUUCUAAUAAUGAGUGUGGAUUAUAUGUAGUCAGACAUGUCACUGAGCUUUACUGUCAUGGUAGGUUACAUGGCUAGUUUUUAUAGAGUCGGCUGUUUUACAGUCUGGACAAGAGAUUUCCAGAUUUGACGUUAACUAAAUUUGAUAGACAUUUUCAUGAGUUUUCAUUUUAACCAGGAUGAUUAAACAGACAGGCACGUGUGUUAGGGCUAUUGCUCCAAUGAAAAGGAAGGGCAUAGUGUUCUGAGGGAAAGUGUUUGCAAAGGAAAAUCACACUGAAGGGAGUUAGCCUGUGAUGUGAAAGGAACUUUCUUGAAACUAAAUGCACAUGGUAUGUUGGCGAUAACAGUAAGAUGGGUCUAGGUAGAAUAAUAACUAACAAGGAUGGUUUAUACAUGUGAAAAAUGCUGCCACUAAGGGCUGCCAUAUCAGAAUUGCCCUAUCUUAUUAAUCAGUUUAAUUCCCAUCGUCUUAAGCAUUUUAUGGAAUUGUCUAGGAUUUAAUUUAAAAAACAAUCUGUCAGGCCUCAUGUGGUUAACUUAUCCUCCUUACAGGACAUUCUUUAGGUAACUUUUUAGUGUGUUACUCCAAAUUGACAUAUUAAAAAAAAAAAGAGAACCAAAGUGUUUUAAGAUAUAUAUAUAUAUACCAUAGCUCAUUCCUGAGGGAUGCUACCCUUAUAAUUUGUUGUAUUUCAUUGAUUAAUUAUUUACCAUUUAAAGAAAGGAUAGUUAGAACAUAGAACUUUGGUUUUGGUAUCGAUGAGGAGGGAAUAAUAGACAAAUUUUCUAGGCCGUGAAUUCAGAGGGCGUAUGUGCAUUUCAGCUGUCCGCUUCAUGGAGAUCCGCAGAGACCUGUCGUCUGUUACCUAGGCAUCGAUGAGCUGCUUAGCAUAGUAAAACCUCCACCUGGAAAGCUUUCUCUGGCAUAAUUUGUUAGACUGAUAGCUCAAUUCAUUCACUAAUGUUACACCAGAGUUACUAAUCUUUUUCUUUGUGUGUGUUGAAAAGGAGAAUUAGGUUAAAAGGGGCUUUUCAGACGAAAAGAAAGGCUAGAGUCCUUCUAUUUUGCGGUCAGAUGCCUUUCUCCUUAGUUUCUUUUCUGUUGCUGUGAUGAAGUGCCCUGAUGAAAGCAGCUUAAGGGAGAAGGGGUUUAUUCUGAAUCGCAGUUCCAGGUUACAGUCCAUUGUUGCAUGGAGUCAAAAACAACUACAGGACUCCAGACAUCCGGACACGGCUCCAUGGCCAGGAAGCCGAGAACAGUGGUUGCAUGCUCAGUUCCCUCUCCUUUUCAUUUAACCUGACUUAGCCUGUGAGCUGCUCCUGUCCGCAGUAGGCAAGAGUUCUCCACACAUGCCUAGAGGCCUAUCUUCAGGUGGUUCUAGGUUUGGUUGAAUGGAUAACACUAUCAUAGUAAGUUUUCUCCCAGGAAGAAGGCUUGACAUUUUGAGGCAUAAGUAUCUUAUUUUGUAAUGCUAAAAUGAUUAGAUCUGCUCUCAGGUUUGCCCUUUAAUACGCCCCAUAGCAAGGCCUCCAAAUGGGUUUUCCUCUUAGAGUAAAAGCCUUUAGCCAAUUUCCACAAUCACUGGAAAAGAAAAACUUGCAUUUUCUUUUGUUUUGCAUCACAAAUGCCUAAAAUCUUGGGAAAUACUACCUCAUUUACCUAGUCAAGAUGCUGGUGAUAACCAGUCUAUUCUGCGUAGUAUCUUAGAAUCAGCAACUUAGGGAAAACCAAGGAGGAAAAUGUGUCCUGACCUGGCUACAAAGGGAGGAGGGGAUUGAACGUUUAUGUAAGUGUUCCGGACAGGAAUGUUAGCACAGAGCUUGCUACAAAGCUUGAAAGUCUUAACUGUUGAGUUAUAUAUAGGUAUCUUUUUUGGAUUUCUCUGCAGUUCACAUUUUAUGGAAAUUAAUGUAGUGAAACACUAAAGAUCUCUUUUUUUUCCUUAAGGCAUUUUUUUUCCAGAUAAACUAUAAUGUAAACAUGCAUAUAGUGAAACGUGUGUAAUUCUGUAAUUGUGGAAUGCCUGUAUGCUUUGUUUGGUACAUCUUCCAUGGGGGUGUCAAUGAACCUAUUAUUCCACUUGUGAAUAUUUUAAAUGUUGAAAUAAAAACAAGAAAUAGA